CACCGCCGGGCGCAGGCGAGGCGGGCGGCCUAGCUUCUCCUCCCAUCUCCUGGAAGGCCCAGUCGGGCGGGCCUGGACGUUGGCAGGCGAGGCCACGCACCCCACAGCUUCCUCUCCCCACAGCCCCUGCCGAGGAGCCGACAUGGCGGGCGGCCGCUGCGGCCCACGGCCCACGGCGCUCCUGGCCGCCUGGUUCGCCGUGGUGGUGGCGGCGGCGGCGGCCAACCCAGGGCAGGCGGAGCCGGCGGCAGAGCGGAGCCUCGUCCAGCCCAUGACCGCCUCCAACUGGACGCUGGUGAUGGAGGGCGAGUGGAUGCUGAAAUUUUAUGCCCCUUGGUGCCCAUCCUGCCAGCAGACUGAUUCAGAGUGGGAGACAUUUGCUAAGAAUGGUGAAGUACUUCAGAUCAGUGUGGGGAAGGUAGAUGUCAUUCAAGAACCAGGUUUGAGUGGCCGCUUUUUUGUCACCACUCUCCCAGCCUUUUUUCAUGCAAAGGAUGGAAUUUUCCGCCGUUACCGGGGGCCAGGAAUCUUUGAAGACCUGCAGAAUUAUAUUGUGGAGAAGAAAUGGCAAUCAGUCGAGCCUCUGACUGGCUGGAAAUCUCCGGCUUCUCUAACAAUGUCGGGAAUGGCUGGUCUUUUUAGCAUCUCUGGCAAGAUAUGGCAUCUUCACAACUAUCUCACAGUGACUCUUGGGAUUCCCGUUUGGUGUUCCUAUGUGUUUUUCGUCGUAGCCACCUUGGUUUUCGGCCUUUUCAUGGGUCUGGUCUUGGUGAUAAUAUCGGAAUGUUUCUACGUGCCACUUCCCAGGCAUUUAUCGGGCCAUUCUGAGCCGAAUGAGAGGUCAGAAGAGACGCACAGGGCUGAACAGUUGCAGGACGCAGAGGAGGAAAAGGACGAUUCAAAUGAAGAGGAAAACAAGGAUAGCCUUGUGGAUGAUGAAGAGGAGAAAGAGGACCUGGGGGAUGAGGAGGAAGUGGAGGAGGAGGACGAGGAGGAGGAGGAGGACAACCUGGCAGCUGGGGAAGAGGAAGAGAAAAGUGAUGCCAAUGACCAGGGUCCCCCAGGAGAAGACAGCACAGCUGAGGGAGAAGUGGGACCUGAGACAGAAGGGGGUGCUCCUGAACGGCCUGGUUCAGCUGACCCCGAAGUGGCAGGGGACUCAGUGAGGCAGCGCAAAAGUCAUCAGGCUGAGAAGGGACCAUAGGCUUAUGGCCGCUUUUUCUUGUGAUAGAGACCAAAGGAAUGAGUCCCUUUUCCUUGGUCAGCAAUUUAAACCAAAUCUUUACUUUUUCCUGAAUGAACAAGCUUUUCUCUCAAAAGAGGA